AACACAAAUCAAAGCUCUGCUGUUGAUUGAUCGGAAUAGAUAAGGAGACUCAUUUUAUAAAGAAAGCAGGUGUAUCAAGUUCAUAGGAGAACUCAGCAAAACCUAGAAGGCGGAAUCAUGAGUGGAUGUCCAUUCCGAGGGAGUAAACCAAUACAUCCAUUUCCUUCAGAGGUGCAGGAGAAUCAUGACACAUCACAAGAUGGAACGAACAAAGCUAGUAAAGGUGGAUUGAUAUAUGCAGACUACCUUCAGCUGGAUAAAAUCAUCAACGCACAAGAUCUAGUUAGCGAAAAGAAAGGAAGCAAAAUACACGAUGAACACCUUUUUAUUAUAACCCACCAAGCUUAUGAAUUGUGGUUCAAGCAGAUUCUUUGGGAACUGGAUUCAGUACGGGAAAUAUUUCAGAAUGGUCAUGUAAGAGAUGAAAGAAAUAUGUUGAAGGUGAUCUCAAGAAUUCAUCGAAUCGCGACCAUCCUUAAACUCCUAGUGGAUCAGUUUGCAGUUCUGGAGACAAUGACAGCUUUGGAUUUCUUUGAUUUCAGAAAUUUCUUAGCACCUGCAUCUGGAUUUCAGAGCCUACAGUUUCGUCUUAUAGAGAAUAAGAUUGGAGUUCCAGAGAAUCUGCGGGUUCCUUACAACAGAAAGCACUAUAGGGACAACUUCAAAGGGAAGGAAAACGAGUUACUUUGUCAAUCUGAGAUGGAACCUACGCUGCUGCAACUUGUUGAGCAAUGGCUCGAGAGAACUCCUGGACUGGAACCUGACGGGUUUGAUUUCUGGGGCAAAUUGAAAAUCAACAUUGAAGCAGGGUUGGGAGAAGAAUUUACAAAUAUUCAGAAGUCAAAUCCUGCAUUUGAGGAGAAGGAAGAUAUGUUCUUGGAAUUUAACAAACGGAAGGAGGUGCUGACGUCGCUGUUUGAUGAAAAACGCCAUGAACAUCUGUUGAACAAAGGUGAACGGAGAGUAUCAUACAAAGCAAUGCAGGGGGCUCUCAUGAUCUACUUCUACAGAGAAGAGCCACGUUUCCAGGUGCCAUUCCAGUUACUGAAUUCACUCAUGGAUAUUGAUGCUCUUAUGACUAAAUGGAGAUAUAACCAUGUUUGUAUGGUGCAAAGGAUGAUUGGUAGUAAAGCUGGCACAGGUGGAUCAUCUGGUUAUCAAUAUUUACGUUCCACCAUGAGUGACCGAUACAAAGUAUUUGUUGACCUGUUUAAUCUUGCAACCUUCUUGGUCCCAAGACACUGGAUUCCAAAGCUGACAUUGUCAAUCCACAAAUUCCUCUACACUGCAGAGUGCUGUGAUAGCUCAUACUUCAGUAGCGACGAAUCUGACUGAAGUCAAGAUCUGAUCAAUGUUUCACGCGGAAUACAAUUCAGAGAAGAAAAUACAUAAAGUUCAAAACCUUCAAAGCUUAUAAUGGAAUCUCUUUCUCAAAUACAUCAUUCAGCAAGACAGAGAAAUAAUUUGGGAUAAAUCUUAUAUUGUAUGAUGGUGAACUGUAUGUGCUAACAAAUUGAGCACAGAUUUUACAUCUUCCCAGAUUUUUACUUCUGUUGAUUAUUUUGUGCUUUGAAUGUAAUCUGUUUGACUAGCACCAUGCUAAAUACCACUAGAUGUAACUAGUUUCUUGUACCAAGUUUCACAAAUAUAGUGGAUUCUGGUUAACUGGGACACAUUGUGACAAGUACAUUUUGGCUCAAUUAAAUGGCUGCCCCCAAUUAGCUGAAGUUUCAAAGAAAUAAUUAAAAAGGUUUAAAAUCAACAAAUUACUGUUUAACUGAAUAACAAAUUAGGUAUUUAGGUAAAAUACUGGACAACUUAGAACAGUACCAGUGUUACUGGAGUACUAUAAAAUGUGUAUUAUUUCCUAAUAGUUAUCAAUGGAGGAUUUAAUCCAGUGUACGCAGCUGUGUAUGUUGUGUCCAAUGAGGGGUAGCAGCUCUGGUGAAGAAGCUUGUUGCAUCCAUUAUGGAGCAGCUCACUCACCUUUGGACCCCACUGGACACUCAGCUCUCACCUGUCGCUCCAAGUAGCCAUUUGCAUGCUACGAUGCCCAGACCCCAGUAUACUGCUUUGACAAACAGGCCUCAGACCCUGGUGAAAUAGGGUCUGUCUACAGACCCUGGUGAAAUAGGGACAUGCCUGUCCUAGUAAGACUCCAGUCUGUGAGCUGACUGUUGUGAGGUCAGCUUUGGUGGACUGGGCAGAUGAGAUUCCUAGUGAGAUCCAAUAGCCCGGAAGGCUGUUCUGCAAUGUUUUGUGGAGAGAGAGUGCAUGAAAAGGCACAGAAGAAGUCAUGGUUAUCCACUGCGACCAAGUAAGACCCUGGUUUUUGAGGACUACCCAUACCGUUGGACCUGGACUUCUGAGGUUGAGAGAGUGGAACUGUCCUGGUCCAAUUGUUUUUCCCACUUUAAAAACUCUCCCUCCCAGGUUUCACUGGCAAUGCUGGAUACAGUGGGCAACCAACAUGUUGCCAUGCGCUUUUGAUUGACUGGAAAUGAAUAGAAUUAGUGCAGACACCUAGUGCAGAAAAUGGACUGCCUUCAUACAAUGCUUUCAAAAAUUUUAUCUCCAAUCUUCAUUUUGAUUGUAACAUUCAAGAUGAUUGUUGAUAACCUUCAAAUUCUCCUUCGUUCCUACCUUGUUGAAGUAGUGAAAUCAUUUCAUUUUCAGUCCCAGCUAUUUCUGGCAUUUCCAAACCUGAAUGCUUGAAACUGCAGUGAGCAAAACAAUUCCAAGUUGUCUUACUGCUUGUAUCUUGGCAACUAUCAGUGACAAAUAUCAAUACAUUUUGAACAUAAACAUAUGCAACUGAUGCUGUUAAAAAACUGUUCGCUCUAAGCAUAAUAUAGUGUCUAACAGCCACAUAAGUUCUCACAACUGAUGCUAGUUAGAAACUGUUCGCUCUAAGCAUAAUAUAGUGUCUAACAGCCACAUAAGUUCUCACAACUGAUGCUAGUUAGAAACUGUUCGCUCUAAGCAUAAUAUAGUGUCUAACAGCCACAUAAGUUCUCACAACUGAUGCUAGUUAGAAACUGUUCGCUCUAAGCAUAAUAUAGUGUCUAACAGCCACAUAAGUUCUCACAACUGAUGCUAGUUAGAAACUGUUCGGCAACAGACUCCUGGCCCAAUUAAGCAAGCUAGUGCCCUAAAUAAACAAAGGAAAUCCCAACUAUUUUCACAAUUAGUUUUUGUUCUUUAAGAGUUAUCCCAAAUAAGCAGACGCACCGAUUAACCAGAAUCCACUGUAUUCAUAAACCCAUAUUUUUGUUAGAUAGUACGUAGAAUAUGUAAAAUUAUUUUCAUUCUGUAAUUGAUGCACACUCUUAAUGUUAUAUUUCAAAGAAAAAUAUAAGGGCAAUAUUGCUUCUGAAAUUUAAUUGACAAGCCUUUUGACAGAAGUAUUAUAAAUAUAUAGAGUGAUAUAAAUGUUAUCAAAAGACCUUGUGUUUGAUAAGAUAUCGUUCUAAUUCGUGUCAUUCUAAUCAUUUCUCCACAAAAUGGUAAUAAUUAAGAAAUCUAAACACAUUCUAAGGUUGAAUGAUUAUUGUUUAGCUAGAUAUUAUAAAGCAAAAUUCAUGUAGUAUUUUAAAGAUGCAUUGAUAUUAUUUUUCAGGUGGUUUUGAAAUACAGGCCUAAUAUUUAUUAACAAAUGACCUGCUAUUCUGCUCUAUAUUUUGCAAACCACACAUUUCACCUCCAGUUCUCAUCACCAUGGAAUUUCUCACCUAGUUUGUUUAGAUACUCUGGCUCCCCAUUUCUCAUCACACUAAUUUUAUGGUUAUCUGUCCUCGUGUACUCUACCAUAUCCUUCAUUCUGGCAUCUCAACAUCCACCUGCUUGUUGAAAAUCUAACUCAUCAGAGAUGGUUCCUCUUUUAGCUGUCUUCUUCUGUAAUUCCCUCUUAAAUAAUUUCCUGAAAGACUAUUCGUCUUGUUGCAAUUUAAAUCAUUUUAAUUCCCUUUUCCAUUUCUUCUGGCUGUUUAUGUACUUCUUUGUCUACCGAUAGGAAUGCUAAUUGCAUCGUUGCAAACAAAACUGAACUGUUGAAACCAAUGUAAUAUUUUGUUGAACCAGUUGUUUAAGUUGGCAUUAUAAAUCAG